CUACCGCUGUAAGGACCUAUGGUAAAAUCUCAGAUCAUUUCUCUGUCAUUACUGAUCACCAACCAGAUGUAGGUGUGUGCUUGUCAUAUCUUCUGGAUGCUGACCUAGUAGGAAACAGGAAGAAGCUUACAUCAGAGGUGUCAGUGUCAGACCUUGAAUAUGCUGAUGAUAUGGCAUUGAUAUCUGAUUCUCAUGAAAGUCUAUCCUCUUUGCUGAAAUCUCUGGAUUCGUCUUGCCAUCACAUGGGGCUUACCAUCAAUUACAAGAAGACUAAGCUUCUAGCUGUCCUACCUGGAGCUGAUGCCCAUUCUCCAUCUCCCAUUUCUCUGCAUCCUGAUUGUGAUCCAAUUGAGGUGGUACCAUCCUUUCAGUACCUUAGAAGUUAUCUUUCUAACAAUUGCAGCUUGGAUGUUGAGAUAUCAACACGGAUCACCAAAGCAUCUCAGUCAUAUGGGUCACUUAACCACAUCGUUUGGCACCAGAGGAAGAUCAAGUCUAGUACCAAGCUGAACAUCUUUGUCUCUGUAGUUCUUUCCAUCCUUUUAUAUGGUCUGGAAACAGCAGUACUUCUGGAGCCGAAGAUACACCAUUUACAGAGUUUUGUGAUGAGAAGCCUCCGCUUCAUCCUUGGAGUGUCACUAUGGGACGGGAAGAGAGACACCUCCAUCAGAAAGAUAGCCCAUCUACAAAGAAUCUCCAUCAUGCUGACACAGCGACGUCUUCGGUUAUUGGGUCACAUCUUGCGCAUGGAUGAGUGUCGUCUACCAAGGAAGCUUUUGGUAUGUGCAUCACCCCAAGGUAGACGUUCAGUCGGAGGCCAGAGAAUGAGAUGGAACGAUUUGGUACUGAGGGAUUUAAGGAAUUGCAACCUUGUUGGGGGUAGACGGUAG